AUGAUUACUGUUGAUGCCGAAAAGACCGAGAAGGUCGCUAACACGACCCUCGAGGAGGAGCUGCAAGUUGCGCCCAAGAGUCGCUGGGCACGAAGCUGGCCAAUCAUUGCUUGCGGUGCUGGUCUCUUUUCCGAUGGUUACCUGAACGGCGUUAUUGGAUCUGUCGAUACCAUCUUGUCUCGGAUUUACCCCGACAGCUACAAGAAUUCGGCCGCCCUCCGCAAUGUCUCCUCUCUCGUCUUCGUUGGCGAGGUGGUCGGCAUGUUGAUCUUCGGUGUUACCAGUGACUACUGGUCGCGCAAAUGGUCUCUGAUGGCAUCUACUGUGCUGGUCAUCCUCUUUGCUGCACUCAGCGCCGGCUCGUACGGGGCCAACGGCAGCCCAACCGGUCUCUUCGCUGCUUUGACGGCCUAUCGUUUCUUGAUGGGUAUUGGUAUCGGUGGUGAAUAUCCCGCAGGCUCCGUUGCUGCGGCAGAAAGCACGAAUGAACUGAAGGAGGGCCAUCGCAACCGUUGGUUCAUCUUCUUCACCGACUUCAUAAUCGAUUUUGGCUUUGUUGUAGCUGCAUUCGUUCCCAUGGUUCUUGUUCUGAUCUUCGGAGAGGACCAUCUCGAGGCCCAGUGGCGCAUCGCCCUUGGUCUUGGUGUUCUUCCGCCACUCAGUCUGGUCUACCUCCGUCUAAAGCUCCAAGAACCUGAAGAAUUCAACCAGGAGCGCAUGCACCGUUUCCCAUACGGUCUGAUCAUCAAGUAUCAUUGGAAAAAUCUGCUCGUUGUGUCUCUCGUCUGGUUCAUCUACGACUUCUCAGUAUUUGCCUUUGGAACCUAUUCCUCCGUCUGGCUGGCAACUAUCCUCGGGAAAGAAGCUCCACUGUGGCAUACUUUUGGCUGGAACGUGGUGGUUAACCUCUUCUAUUUGCCUGGCUCGUUGAUGGGCGCAUUCGUCAGUGAUUGGAUUGGCCCGCGCAUGUGUUUGAUUCUCGGAAUGACUGCUCAGGCCGUGGUUGGUUUCAUCAUGUCGGGCUGCUACGAAUUUUUGUCGCUUCCUAAGAAUGUCGCUGGAUUCGUUGUUGUCUAUGGUAUCUUCCUUUCCCUGGGUGAACUUGGUCCCGGUGAUAACAUUGGCCUCCUGGCUUCAAAGACUAGUGCGACUGCUGUCAGAGGCCAGUAUUACGCUAUUGCUGCUGCCAUCGGUAAAAUUGGCGCCUUUGUCGGCACCUAUGUGUUCCCUAUUCUCCAGAACAACCCCAAUCCUAUCGCCGCUGGCCAAAAUCCAUUCUUUGUUGCCAGCUCCCUUUGCAUUUUUGCCUCAGUGAUUGUCUAUAUAGGCUUGCCCCACAUUGGACAGGAUACCAUGACCAAGCACGAUCGCGAAUUCCGGGAGUAUCUGGAAGCCCAUGGAUACGAUACUUCUACUCUUGGACAACGCACCGAGUAA